CAACCGAAGUACUCAGCUCAGACGCGACGCACUCCAACCAGUGACAUUUGUAUGAUUUAGUUUUUAUAAUGACCAGAAAUUAAUAGAUAUGUCAUGAAUUUCAUCACGUAGGUUUUUGCAGCACUCAAGGGAUGCGUAACUUCCAAUGCCAAUAUGCCUCAUCGGAGCAAGUUUCACGACCGAAAGUCCUAUGGAAUAUAGCCUGAUCUGUCAGAAUUUCUAUGCCAUUUCAUUUAUCCCGGUGAGAAAUAAAUUAUUUGUGAUCUGCAUCAUGCUGUCAUUGUGGGUAUACAUGUUAUAUUAUUGCGUUGGCUACUGUUCAUCCGUGCCAAGUUUUAUCAUCGACUCCCCAGGUGGGAAGGUAGACAACGCUGAAAUGCACCACAGGAUGCAACCCAGAAUCCAAAACAGGGUGCAGACAGACUCUGAAGGUCUUGACCCGUUGAUCAAGACGUUUUCACGGGACUUAUUAAAUAAUGAGAACGAGAUCGACAGCCGAGCCGACGACUGGGAUGAGAUGAAAGGCGAACAGAGGAGUUUGGAAGAUAUUGCCAUGUCUGGUUUCCUCAAUGGGUCGGAGACUAAAAAGUUGCCCCAGGCAAUCAUAAUCGGGGUGAAGAAAGGGGGUACGCGGGCUCUCCUUGAGUUUCUGCGGGUGCACCCGGACAUCAGAGCAGUGGGAGCGGAGCCGCACUUCUUCGACCGAAACUAUGAUAAAGGACUCGAGUGGUACAGGGAUCUGAUGCCAAAGACGGUGGAGGGCCAGAUCACCAUGGAGAAGACGCCCAGCUACUUUGUCACGCGGGAAGUGCCCGCUCGUAUCCACGCCAUGUCCAGUGACACCAAGCUCAUUGUUGUCGUCCGCGACCCCGUCACGCGCGCCAUCUCGGACUACACGCAGACACGCUCCAAGAAGCCGGACAUCCCGUCCUUCGAGAGCCUGACCUUCCGCAACCGAAGCGCGGGCCUCAUCGACACCUCGUGGAGUGCUGUCCAGAUUGGCAUGUAUGCGCGCCACCUGGAGCGCUGGCUGGCGUACUUCCCCGCCGGUCAGCUGCUGUUUGUGAGCGGCGAGCGGCUCAUCAGCGACCCGGCCGGCGAGAUGGCCCACGUGCAGGACUUCCUCGGACUGCGGCGCGUCGUCACGGAUGAGCACUUCCACUUCAACCCGGCCAAGGGCUUCCCCUGUCUGAAGAGGCCGGAGAGCAACAGUAAGCCCCACUGCCUGGGCAAGACCAAAGGGAGGACCCACCCCAACAUUGACCCUGAAGUCGUGCAGAGCUUGCGGGAUUUCUACAAGCCUUUCAACAAGAAGUUCUACCGCAUGACCGGUCAUGACUUUGGCUGGGACUGACCGUACUGUAGGUAGCUGACUGCAGCCAAGCUGAAUCGGACAGUGGGAGAUGCCGUGGUUAUUGAAAGUGUGAACAUUUUCAGAGAUAUUUGUUUCGUUUAAGAAGUUCAGAAGUCUAUUUUAUGAUAAUUUAUUUGUAAGCAAUUAACUCACUAAGCUGCCUAUCAGUACAUCUCUAUGACAUUUUUGCAUUCAUCUUUUUUUUUUAUUAUGUUGUUCAAUUUUCAUGAAAUUCUAAAAGCCUAGUCUUUUUCAAGCUUGGUAGUUAUUUGCACUUCAAAAAUGGAGAGCAUUGUAGUGAAUGACGUUUAGGAAUUCGAAAGCUCCAUAGAAGACACAAAAGCACAAUUACUGGGGGAUUCAACCAAAAGACUUAAUGGCUUUUCCUUCUGAAUAACUGCAAUAUUUGAAGGAUAAAUACCGCGGUCGAAUUCCACUGCGAGUCUGUUACGGGUAUCUCUCAGACACAGAGACAAAUUUGUCAGUGUAUUACAUCCGUCCAGCCAUUAUACUAACAAGUUACACGGGGGCUGCAGUGGAACAGCCCCAGCCGCUCCUCAUACAUACCGCAUAAUCAAAUGUUACAGUGCGUAUGCAGCAUCCUAUAUAAUGCAUCUCUGGUACAGAGAAAGGGAAGUGGCUCCACUGUGCCUGGUCGAUGGCGGUCUCAGCUGACACAUUGCUGCUCCCCCAGGUAGAUCAAUAGCUAAAUUGCUACUCAUCCUGUCAAUUAGGUGGAAGAAUCACACAGCAGCGACGUUAAGGGUCAGCCCAAUCUAAUCAGGAUCCAUCAAUGGAUUAACCGCUAGUCGUUUCUCUUAAUUGAAAGGAUGAACUGAGAGAUUUUAAAAAUGGGCCUCAGUUGUCCAGGUUCUCUGGUUCUGAAUACCUCUCUGACAGGUAUGAAUGCAAUUUACUGCAUUGCGGUCCAGGGAGGUGGAGUGUGCCAACUGGGCAUUGAUGCUUGAUGGGAAAUGUAUUUUACCCACAUUUUUUCGGGGCCAAAAAAAAUCUCUAUUAGUUCAGACCUCACAUUUUUCCAAAAGCUUUAAUUGAACAUGCGAGCGUUCUGUAGAUAUCGUAUGUUCGGGUCACCGCUGGGUUCUCUGUGCUGGCCGUGCUGCGUUGAGCAGCUGUCACAACAGAGUCAUGAAGAGCUUGUUUUCAGUGCAGGAGCCCAGCAGUUACAUGACCUUCACCAUGGAUCCCUACUGCAGUCCCGGUUCUAGUCCCAAAGCCAUAGUUACCAUGCAGAUCUUGAGGUGGUAGGUCAAAAUAGGAGGUUUUGAGAGAUUAUGGUCUCAUUCAGUAUACUAUAAACGGAUAGCCACCUACUUGAUCCGGAUGUUUUUUGGUGUGAGGGUGAACAUACACAAAACAGUGCAGCACAGAUGAGCAACUGAGAAAUGUCUGUGUGAAUUUGAAAAAAUAACAAAAACAAAACAGCAGCAUUCUCUCAGAAUGGCAUUUAAAACCACGCAAUGUGUGUAUAUGUUGAUAUGGGAAUAUCUAGGAAUAUUUAUAUGUGAUUCUGAUUCUGUGCAUUGUGACCAUUCCGCUCUUGCUUAAAGGGAUUCUCAGUCUGCAUUGCUAUUAUGCAUUAGUGAACUUUAUGGUUGAGUUUUAGUCAACCUCGGAAAAUUUAAACAAAAUAUUCAUGUUUUCUCAGAAAAUGCUGUUUAGCGUGGCGAAUCUGAGAAUGAAUUAUACAUGCCAACACAAAGUUCUGUGGUAUGGGGAGUAAUAACAUUGAUUUUGCAUAUCGAACCAAGAGGAGUAUACAGUACAUGCUGCAGUAUUUCUCCA